GUUGCGUAGUGGAAGUCGACCAAAGCCUUCACUUCCACUAUUUCAACCCAAAAUCAUUGCCCACUGCAUUCAAUAACACCUUCCAAAUCACAAUUAUUCAACCUCGGAGAUAUGGCCACCCGUACUAAUCCUCCUUCUAACUUCUGUUUCCUCCUUCUAUUGCUUCUACCACACUUUCAUUUGGGCAAAAGCCAACUUCAGCUGAAUUACUACUCUAAAAGCUGCCCGAAAGCAGAGGACAUCAUCAAGCAACAAGUCACACAACUAUAUCACAAGCAUGGAAACACUGCCGUCUCAUGGGUUAGAAAUCUCUUCCACGAUUGCGUCGUCCAGUCAUGCGACGCAUCGCUACUUUUAGAGACGGCGCGCGACGGUACUUUAGUGUCGGAGCAGACAUCGGAGAGAAGUAUCGGUAUGAGGAACUUUAAGUACGUAAACACCAUCAAAGCCGCAGUUGAAGAAGAAUGUCCCUUCACUGUGUCAUGCGCUGACAUUAUUGCUCUUUCUGCUAGAGAUGCCAUUUCCUUGUUGGGUGGACCCAGCAUUGAAAUGAAGACAGGGCGAAGGGAUAGCAAACAAAGCUAUGCAAAAGAGGUGGAAGACUUGAUUCCAAACCACAAUGAUUCCAUUUCCGUAGUGCUGUCUCGUUUUCAAGCCAUUGGCAUUGACGUUGAAGCCACAGUCGCUCUUUUAGGAGCUCACUCGGUAGGAAGAGUUCACUGCGUGAAUCUUGUACACAGAUUAUAUCCUACUGUGGACACAACACUUGAUCCUGCACAUGCUGAGUACCUGAAACGUCGGUGUCCAACACCGAAUCCUGAUCCAAAGGCUGUCUUGUAUUCAAGGAAUGACCUGAAAACGCCCAUGAUCAUUGACAACAACUACUACAAGAACAUCUUGGAACAUAAGGGCCUUCUCCUUGUGGAUCAAGAGCUUGCCACUGACUCAAGAACAGCACCUUACGUCCAAAACAUGGCUAAUGACAAUCAAUACUUCCACCAGCAGUUCUCAAGGGCCGUUCAAUUGUUAUCUGAGACCAAUCCUCUAUCAGGGGAUCAAGGAGAAAUUAGAAAGGACUGUCGCUAUCUCAAUGUCGAUUAAAUAUUAUAUGUAAAAGCUUCGCUUUUCUGCAUGAUAGUAUAUGCAUAAAUAAAAGGGUGGAAUUUUAUGGAAUUCCAGUUAUGUAUAUUACUUCAGCUAACAAAACCCGAACAUCUUAAUAGGUUUAUGGAAUUUGUUCCUUGUUGUUUAUCA